CUAGAAACAAAGAAGACCCAUCUUCCUUAUAUCGCGGUCGUAACCCCAACCCACCACGAAACUGCCUGUCACUGCACAUUCAUGAAUAUUUUGUAGUCUAGUGUUUGACCACUCUCUCCUUCUUGUUUUUUUUUCCUUCCUCACAAAAGACAAACGAAUCCACUGAUCUGCCGGAUCGGCAUCUGACCGCCAGGGUGGGACGGGUUGCUACACAAUGCUGAUGACAAUUCCGAGACCCAGAUACUUGGAAGGAAGUCCUAUGCUGAAAAUGAUGGUCUGAAAGAUCGCAAUUUAGGUCACUAUUGAAUCUCUCACCGUUGUUCCGGAGCUCGGUGAGGGAGGUGAUGAUCCAUGGAGUUCAGUGAGCAUGAGAGCAUGACAGUUCGAGAAGUCUGUGCAAAUGGGAGUUACAUGGGAACAGCAGAAGUUGAAGCAAAGCUUGAUGAAGGAGAUAUUCAAGAGGCAGAAUCUUCGUUGCGAGAAGGGCUAUCACUCAAUUUUGAGGAAGCAAGAGCACUUCUGGGCAAGUUGGAGUAUCAGAGAGGGAAUGUGGAAGGCGCUCUUCGUGUGUUUGAUGGGAUUGAUCUCCAAGCUGCCAUACAGCGAUUGCAAACUUCCCUUCCUGAAAAACCAUUAACCAAGAAGGGGCGCAAUCGUACUGAACCAGCUCCUUCAGUCUCUCAACAUGCUGCUAGUCUGGUGCUUGAAGCCAUCUACUUAAAAGCGUGUUCAUUACAAAUCCUAGGGAGAUUAACUGAAGCUGCAAGUGAAUGCAAAAGUGUGCUUGAUGCUGUUGAGAAGAUAUUUUAUCAGGGUAUACCUGAUAUUCAGGUAGACAAUAGAUUGCAAGAAAUAGUCAGCCAUGCUGUAGAGCUCCUUCCAGAGCUUUGGACACAGGCCGGGUGCUAUCAUGAGGCAAUAUCUGCCUAUAGACGAGCCCUUCUUAGCCAAUGGAAUCUUGAUGAUGAUUGCUGUGCAAGAAUUCAGAAAAAUUUUGUUGUAUUUUUGUUGUACAGUGGGGUAGAAGCUAGCCCACCCAGUUUAGCGGUUCAGAUUGAUGGGUCAUAUGUACCUAAAAAUAAUUUGGAAGAGGCAAUUCUGCUUCUUAUGAUUCUUAUCAGAAAGUUUUGCCUUGGUAAGACCAAAUGGGACCCAUCAGUGAUGGAGCACCUGACUUUUGCACUUUCUAUAUGUGGCCAAACGUCUAUUUUGGCUAAGUCACUUGAAGAGCUAUUGCCUGGAGUAUAUAAUCGGCUUGAUCGUUGGAAAUAUUUAGCUUUAUGUCACAGUGGAGCUGGGCAUAACAAAAGUGCUUUGAAUCUACUGCGGAGGUCUCUGCACAUUCAUGAUCGACCAGAUGAGGUUAUAUCACUGCUAUUGGCUGCCAGGAUCUGCAGUGAGGAUCCUCAACUCGCUCCUGAGGGAGUAGUUUAUGCACAAAGGGCAAUCACAAGUGCUCAGGGACCAGAUGAGCAUCUUAAAGGUGUGGGUCUCCGAAUGUUGGGACUUUGUCUUGGAAGGCAAGCUAAGGCUGCUUCCUCUGACUCUGAGAGGUCUCGCCUUCAGUCGAAAGCUUUGAAAUCAUUGGAGGAGGCAGCUGGGUUGGAGCCAAAAAAUUCUGAUCUGACUCUUGAGUUGGCUGUUAAAUAUGCAGAGCACCGAAAUUUGACUGAUGCUCUGUGCUAUGCAAAGAAAUUCUUUGAUGAAACAGGUGGCUCUAUAUUAAAAGGUUGGAGAAUGCUUGGUCUGGUUUUGUCUGCUCAGCAAAGAUUUUCAGAGGCUGAGGUAGUCACAGACGCAGCUCUAGAUCAAACUACAAAAUGGGAACAGGGGCCACUACUUAGGCUGAAAGCAAAGCUGAAGACCUCCCAAUCACGGUACAUGGAUGCUAUUGAAACAUAUCGGUACCUCCUUGCAUUGGUUCAAGCCCAGAGAAAAUCCUUUGGCUCACUAUUUACUAGUUCACAGGCUGAUGAUGGUAAAGUAAAUGAAUUUGAGAUUUGGCAUGGUCUGGCAAAUCUAUAUGCUAGUCUUUCUCAUAGGAAGGAUGCUGAAAUAUGUCUGCAAAAGGCCAAAGUGUUGAAGCCCUAUUCUGCAGCAUUGAUGCACACCAAAGGUCUAAUAUUCGAAGGACGUGAGGAAGAUCAAGCUGCUCUUGGUGCUUUCUUCAGUGCAUUCAUGCUUGAUCCAAGCUACGUUCCAAGCAAGAUCUUGUUGGGUUCUCUGAUUCUAAAACUCGGUCCAAAAGGUUUGCCUGUGGCUAGAAGCUUACUUGCUGAAGCUCUGCGAAUAGACCCCACGAACCACAAGGCUUGGUAUUAUAUGGGUAUGGUUCACAAAGAGGAUGGUCGGAUGAGUGAUGCUGCUGACUGCUUCCAGGCAGCCUCCAUGCUUGAAGAAUCGGAUCCGAUUGAAAGUUUCAGCUCUGUUCUCUGACUCAAGUGUAAAUGGUUGGUCCAUCUUCAGAGUUCUUUGGAAAAAACAUGCUCAAGACAGUUUUGGAAGUGCAGUCGAGUUGUGGGUUUUGUUUUUCAUUGUAUUUCUUGUAAUCGGCAUAAACUAGGCUUGGAGAGAGGAAAAUUGGUUCAAACAAUUGUUUAAUGAAUAAGGAGAAAAGCAAAAGAAAAGAAAAGAAAAGAAAAGGGAUUGAUGUCAAUCUAGUUGUAGGAUGAAUGUAUAAAGAGCUUAGACUGUUUUCUUAUGUCUGUUUAACUGCUGAUCAGCCUUGUAAAUGUAUGUUGAUGAACAAUGAAGUUCCACUAAGAGAUCCGUUUAUCUUC